AUGAUUGGAACCUCAACCGCCGAAUACGUCUUUAUAUGGGCCUGCGUAAUUACAUUACAUCUCAUCGCGCCAAUCUGCGUCACGUAUUGCAUUUUGACCACAUGUCUACCUUCUAACCUGCGUCUUUCGCAGUGCUUCGAAUAUUGGGCAUCUGCGGAGACAUUGUUCUACUUCUUGAUCUAUCUUUACCAGAGAUACCACCUCCAGCGCCCAACCUUACAUCCUCCGCCUCUCUCGAAAGAGGGACGACACAAGCUCUUCGACCUCUGCCAAGAUACCAUUCAGGACCAUGGACGAUACAUAUCAAAGUGGUUUCUGGACGUGCCUCCUGCUGCCAUUAGGAGAGAGAACAUUAAAGAAUGGUUCCGCUGGGCUUUUCUGAACACGGCCAUGGAUGAUCCUAACUACGACGACGAGGUAGAAGGAUACGUGAAGAAGCUCGAGAGACGAACUGGAAUAUAUUUCGAGCCAGGGCGAGCCAACGUGAAGUGUCUGAGGUUGACAUUGGAUAAAGUCGAUGCGCUACACAGGAGUUUGAUAUGGUACAUGUGCAUCUUCAUGGUAGACAUCAUUACACAUGCCAUUAUGUUCUUCUGCCAUUUUCAGUUUCACCGCUCUUCACUGGUGCACUGUGUCAGUAUUUUCCCUCCGCGGCCGCAGACUUUCAUAGCCUCUCGUCGUUCACCAGCUAAAGAUCUUACGUAUUGGUAUCGCCCUCACACGUCUCGCAAGGAGUCCCCAAUAUUAUUUCUCCACGGUAUCGGGGUUGGACUAUACCCUUACGUAAGAUUUUUGAACGAAUUGAAUCAAGGACGUGGGGAUGAGGAUGGGAAAAUUGGGAUCCUUGCAGUCGAGAUCUUGCCAGUGUCUUCUCGAAUUACGCCGGCGAUACUCGGAAAGGAAGGAAUGUGUCAACGGCUUCGAGCUAUUCUACGUCAUCAUGGGGUUGAAAAGUUUGUAUUAGUAUCACAUUCAUAUGGCUCGGUGAUCGCCGCGUAUCUCUUGAAGACGCCCGGUUUAGCCAGUCAGAUUGUGUCCGUCAUUCUAGUCGACCCUGUUUCAAUACUGCUGCAUCAACCGGAUGUAGCUUAUAACUUUACCUUUCGCAAACCAAAGUUUGCCAAUGAAUGGUUAAUAUGGUAUUUCGGCUCGAAGGACAUGGGCGUAGCCUAUACACUCUCUCGCCAGUUCUUCUGGUUUGAGAGCAUACUGUGGAAAGAGGACCUCAUGGAACGUCAUACCACCGUAUUUCUCAGCGGAAAAGAUCUGAUCGUCAAUACUCCACAAGUGCGUACAUAUUUACAAGGCGUUGGAGAGCAACAAAACGGCAGGAAUGCUAGCCGAGGUGAGGCAAAUAGGGCUGAAAAGAUCAAGUCACUAGACCGGAUGGAUGGUCGAUUGAACGUGGUGUGGUGCGCAGACCUUGAUCAUGGAGAAAUAUUUGACUCUGCUGUUUGGAGGACGCGUUUGGAGAGUGAGGUACUUAAGCAGGCGGCGCGUGCGUCGAGCCCGCUGACGCAGAAUUGA